AAAUUUUGCCGGAUCGGACAUAAUGGUACCUUGCCUGCAAUUAUAAAAUCUCAUCUGCUUUUUUUUUGUGCUUUGUAUCAUCUUUUUCAUCUCUGUUUCAAAAAGGUAUCAUGGCUUCAAACAUUAUAGAUGGAAAGUCUAUCGCACAAAAUGUACGCGAUAAAGUAAAGAAUGAGAUUGCUCAAAUGAAAUCGAAAUACCCUCAAUAUGCACCAUGUCUUGCCGUUAUUCAAGUAGGAGAACGUGAAGACUCAACAGUCUAUGUGGGAAUGAAGCAAAAAGCUGCUCAGGCUGCAGGCAUUGAAUUCAUCUAUAAAAAGAUACCCGAAGAUGUUACUCAACUUGAGUUGAUCAAGCAAGUAAAGCAGUUGAACGACGAUGAUAAAGUCCACGGCAUACUUGUUCAAGUGCCAUUGCCAGCACAUAUCGAUGAAUCCGCUGUUCUUGAGGCAAUUGAUCCCAAAAAGGAUGUCGAUGGAUUUCACGCGUUUAAUAUCGGAAACAUGACCAAGAAGGCUGCAACACCUUUGUUCCUUCCUUGUACUCCAAAGGGCAUCAUCCACCUCUUAAAGACAACGGGUACGACCAUUGCGGGAAAAAAAGCCGUUGUUCUCGGCAGAAGCGAUAUCGUGGGAACACCUGUUUCUAUCUUGUUGACCAGCGAAAAUGCUACAGUGACUCUAUGUCAUUCAAAGACUGAACAUAUCGAGACUCAUGUAAAAGAAGCUGAUAUCUUGGUAGUUGCCAUCGGUAAGCCCGAGUAUGUCAAAGGAGCAUGGAUAAAGCCAGGCGCCGUGGUCAUUGACGUUGGAACGAAUCCCAUCAAAGAUCCUAGCAAGAAAUCAGGUAUGAGAUUAGUGGGCGAUGUUGAAUAUGAGGAAGCUUCUCGUGUAGCUGGCGCCAUUACACCUGUUCCAGGUGGCGUUGGACCUAUGACUGUUGCUAUGCUUAUGGAAAACACGCAGUUGAGUGCUAAACGUUUCUUGGAAGAGUCUAUUUCGCCCAAGCGCGCCGUUAUUCCUUUACCUCUCCACCUCAAGACACCUGUUCCUUCAGAUAUUGAUAUUGCAAUGUCUCAAACACCCAAGCACAUUGUUGAUUUAAGCAAAGAAUUGGGUUUGACAGCUAGUGAAGUUGAGCCUUAUGGUGCAACAAAGGCCAAGAUUAGCUUAGAUGUUUUGAAGAGAUUAAGCCAUAGAAAGGACGGACAUUAUAUCGUCGUUACUGGCAUUACCCCUACGCCUUUAGGUGAAGGCAAGUCAACUACGACCAUUGGUCUUGUUCAAGCAUUAGGUGCCCACUUGAAUAAGAUGGCAUUUGCUUGUGUACGCCAGCCAUCACAAGGCCCUACCUUUGGUAUCAAAGGUGGUGCUGCAGGAGGUGGCUAUUCCCAAGUCAUUCCCAUGGAUGAAUUCAACUUGCAUCUUACCGGCGAUAUUCACGCUGUCACAGCCGCCAACAACUUGCUAGCAGCUGCUAUUGAUGCUCGUAUGUUUCACGAAAACACUCAAAGUGACAAGGCCCUCUUUAAUCGUCUGUGCCCUGCCAAGAAGGGUGUUAGAAAAUUUGCGCCUGUCAUGUUGAAGCGACUUGAGAAGUUGGGCAUCAACAAGACCGAACCCAGCGAGCUAACUGAAGAAGAAAUUUCGCGUUUCGUCCGCUUAGACAUUAACCCUGAUACAAUUACUUGGCAACGCGUUAUGGACACUAAUGAUCGUUUCCUUCGUAAGAUCACUGUUGGACAAAAUCCUACAGAAAAGGGCAUGGAGCGUCAGACUGGCUUUGACAUUGCUGUUGCAAGUGAAGUUAUGGCUGUCUUGGCUUUGGCUACGGAUUUAAAGGAUAUGCGUGAAAGGCUCGGCAGAAUGGUAGUUGCGAGCUCUAAAGCAGGCGAACCUAUCACUGCUGAUGAUCUCGGCAUUGGUGGUGCUUUGACUGUCUUGAUGAAGGAUGCUAUCAAGCCUACGUUGAUGCAAACGUUGGAAGGAACUCCUGUGUUGGUGCAUGCUGGACCUUUUGCUAAUAUUGCACAUGGAAAUUCAUCCAUUUUGGCUGACAGAAUUGCCCUCAAGCUAGCUGGAUCAGAUGAGAACCUGGAACCAGGAUACGUUGUGACAGAAGCAGGCUUUGGGGCUGAUAUUGGUAUGGAGAAAUUCUUUGAUAUCAAGUGUCGAGUUUCCGGCUUAGUACCAGACGCUGUGGUUUUGGUUGCUACUGUUCGUGCACUCAAGAUGCACGGUGGUGGACCUGAAGUUGUUGCUGGUAGACCUUUACCAGAUGUCUACACAGAAGAAAACUUGGAUUACUUAAGAAAGGGAUGUGAUAACCUGAUUAAGCAUAUUCAAAAUGCCAAAAAGUUUGGCGUCCCUGUUGUUGUGGCUAUCAACAAGUUCACCACUGAUACUGAUGCUGAAAUGGAACUUGUCCGUGAGCUUUCUUUGAAGGCUGGUGCUGAUGAUGCCGUCGCAUGUGAUCACUGGUCUCGAGGUGGCGCUGGUGCUAUCGAUCUUGGUAAGGCUGUCAUCAGAACAUGUGAAGAAUCAAAGAAGGACUUCAAAUUCCUGUACGAUCUUUCACUUCCUAUCGACAAGAAAAUUGAAAUCAUCUGUCGUGAUUUGUAUGGUGCCGAUGGUGUUGAAUAUAGCGACUUAGCAAAGGAAAAGAUCGAAACGUAUACUCGCCAAGGAUUUAGUGGGCUUCCUAUCUGUAUGGCAAAGACUCAAUAUAGCUUCAGUCAUGAUCCUGCUCUUAAAGGCGCUCCUACAGGAUUUGUUAUACCCAUCAGAGACAUUCGUGCAUCAGUAGGUGCAGGUUUCCUUUAUCCCUUAGUUGGCUCAAUGCAAACUCUUCCUGGUUUGCCUACUCGUCCCUGUUUCUUUGACGUUGAUUUAGAUGAAGAUGGCCGUGUUGUGGGCCUCUUUUAGUUUGAUUAAUUACUUAGUAUAAAUAAAAUGAAAUGUGUAUUCACUGUAGACCAUCUUUAAGCGUAUUAUUUACUUGACAUAAAAUUAAGAGAGUAUGAUUGGAGUAAAACUCAGAUACAAAUGCUACUGUAAUUAUCGGGCGGACCAAAAGCCACCCUUGGAAUAUGAAGGGGGGGCUCUCCCACACACUCUUUCUUUUCCUAAGGAC